AUGGACUAUUCCGAAGAUGGAAGCACAGGCACUUUCAAUGGCAACCACGAAAACCGAAACAAUUGUUCAAGCUUUGCUCAAAGCCAAUAUGAAAAUCCAAAAUGUGAUAUUUUUUGCGACAAUGAAGCAGUAUUGAAAUGGGUUCAAGGACAACCAGGACGAAAAGAAAUCGGAACUUUCAUAUACAACCGAUUGAGAUCAAUGAGAUUCGCUGUUUCUCAAAUUGAAAGCCGAGAAGUCAAAGUUCAAUUUGGUUAUGUCAGAUCGAAAGAGAAUCCAGCAGAUCUUGGAACAAGAGGUGUGGACAAAUAUCCAUUCGGAAACUCAAUCUGGUGGGAUGGUCCGAAAUUCUGCCAAGAAGACACCUCAAAAUGGGAUUCCAAACUGUUCGAAAUCAAAGACGAAGGAGGUAUCGCACAUUUGAAUACGGUUUAUGAAGUCACGAGUGAUGAACAACUGUUCAAAUGUGAACGAUCAAGCUCCUUGGCCAAAUGCAAAAGAAUUGCUGCAUAUGUAUUGCGCUUCAUAUGGAAAUCUUCGAAAAAUCUACCAGAAACCAGAACCCGACUCAAGAACAAUAUUAUUGAAUUUGGCUCAAUUUCCGAUGGUGGAGAGAUUACCGCAGAAGAAAUGAAGUCAGCUGAACAAUUGCUCAUCAAACAACACCAAAAAUUAAUCAGCGGAUCAAAAAUGAUGAAGUUGAAAGACUUGAAUUUGGAAGUGAAUGAGCAAGGAAUAAUCGUGUGCAAAGGACGAUUUCAACAAAGUGAGUCGUCAGAUGCUGCUAAAUUUCCAGUAUUGAUUGCCGAAAAAUCUGAACUAGCUAAACGCAUUAUACGAGAAGCACAUGGAAAAUGGCACUCAUCAAUUGGACACACAAUGGCUAAUGUUCGCACAAAAUAUUGGAUUCCGAAAUUGCGACAACAAGUCAAACAUCAAAUGGCUCAAUGUGUCAAAUGUCAAAGAUUCAAUGGACAACCAAUGAAAUAUCCAAAUAUGGCAAGUCUUCCAAAAUCUCGAGUAAUUCAAUCAAAACCAUUCGAGACAGUGGGAAUCGAUUAUUUUGGACCUAUCGACUACAAGACAGACAACGAAACCAUCGAAAAAGCAUAUGGUAUCAUAUUCACAUGCUCAACAACUCGAUUGAUUCAUCUUGAAGUCGUCACAUCAAUGGACACCAGCGCUUUUUUCAAUAUUGGAUGUUUGGUUUUUUUGUUCAUUGGAUCUCAAAAAAUGCGAAAACUCAAGUAA